AGAAUUAUAAUUAAUAAAAGCUAAGAAGUAAUGGAGGGACAUCAUCAUGGAAAAACAGAGGUGGCAGCAAGAUCAGGUAGUAAUAAGAGUGGAUUGGUUUUGAGGGUAUUGGCAUUGAUACUGACUCUAGCAGCUUCAAUUGUUGUUGUGACCAAUAAACAAAGCAAAGUUGUUCCUCUGAAGGUUUUUGAUUCUCUACCACCGGUUAAUCUUCCUGUUUCUGCAAAGUGGCAUUACCUCUCUGCUGUUCUGUACUUUCUUGUGACAAACGCAACAUCAUGUGGAUACGCAGCCGUGUCACUACUCCUAACCGCCGCAAACAGAGAUGGCAAGAGCAAGCACUUGCGGAUACUAAUCUUUGUCCUUGACGCGUUCAUGGUGGCUUUGCUGUUCUCCGGCAUCGGCGCGGCUUCGGCCGUGGGCAUACUUGGGUACCAUGGAAACUCUCACGUUCAAUGGAAGAAAGUGUGCAAUGUGUUCGGCAAAUUUUGUCACCAAAUGGUUGCUUCCAUUGGUUUAUCAUUGCUUGGAUCAGUAGCAUUCCUCUUCUUGGUUAUGCUUCCUUUAAUUUCUUCAGCUUAGUUGGUUGAUAAAUGUCACUCUAGCGUGCCAACUUGGGAACCUUCAUUGUAGUUCAAAAGUUGUUGCAUACUAUUUAUUGUGUUAAUCAAUGUCACAUGCUUCUGAGUUGUGACAAUUUGACUGCUGCUUGCGCUAUAAAUCAAUAUCUACAUGGGAUAUUAAUUUAAAAACAUAUCUGUAAACGUUACUGAUAAAUAUAUUUCUUUGGUUUUGA